AUGAAGAUUGCAAGAACGCUCGUCCAACCCAUUCGGGUUUUGACUGCUGCUCCUCUCUCUGGUCUUAAACCCAGUCUGUUCAGGCAGGUCAAGAACCUCAAUCGCAGUCGCUCUCACUUUACACGCGUCAAGCCAAUCGAGCCCUUCUCCGACCGCUGGUUCUCCUCUCCCUCUCGACCUCCAAGAAAGCGUAGUCCUGAACGCUUCGAGAAACAAUACGAGAGGCUCGACCAUCUCGUGCCCCUAGACGCCAACCACUCCAAGUUCCUGAGUGACUUGGCCGAGCCAGGUUUAUUCCUGGAAAAGGACUUCGAUGCUCUUCAGGAGCUCGAAGAAGCACAGCGUCAACUGGCCGCCGAUGGCACAACGGAGAUGGUUGACAACGACGUUGCCAUGACCGACUAUGAAGAGCCGGAGGAUGUAGAGAUGACAGACGUGCUGCAGCCGCCGCGUUGGGUCUAUUGGUGGGCACCAUCCCAGACAUAUCGAUUUCGGAUGCUAACAGCAGCCAGGCAAGGCGAUUGUCCGCCACCAGAGUUCUUCUUACCUUUUCCCCAUCCCUCCGCUAGAGCCGACAUCCUCCAGCAAGCCAGAAAGGCCGAAGUCCUCGUCUCAACAACCGCCUGCGAUCAGGUGGCUCCCGAGCCAUCUGCAACGCCAUCAGACUUCAUACCAGAGCCAGACGCGAAGGAUGAGGUGGCUGAGUACUUCGAGAACCUGGAGUACAAUAUUGCCAAUGGCAUCGUGCCACCGAACAUCGAUGCAGAGGCGAUGUACCCUGCGCAUCCUCCAGCGGCAACGCUGGUAGAUGAACAGGUCGGUGUUGAGCAUGCGCAGUCUGAGGACAAGGUGGUCCCAGACGAAGACGAACGGGAAGCCGAGCCAGCGGCUCCCACAGAGUCGAAACUGGCGGAAUCACCAGCCGAGACGGAGACGGGGCCCUUGCAAGACGUGCCCAACCAAUAUCGUGGCUUCUUAGAAGAGGCAAUGAACUUCUCAGCCGAACAGAUGAAACCACCUCCAGAAUGGUGGAAGAGAAUUGCGGUCAACGACGAGGAUGCAAAGAAGGGAAAUAAGGAGUACGUGGUCCGAAGCUUCACACAAUAUGCAUCCUGGCCGUCCUUCCUUCAGGUACAGCCACAAUUCCACUGUCCUGACCCCAAGAAUCCAGAGGGAGCCUUCAACACGCCAGCGAGCUGCCGACUAAGCCGUAGGCGCGAGAAAGAGGAACGAGAGCGUUUCUCUGAUAUCAGAAAGGACCAUCCCGAGGUUUGGGAGGCAAUCAUCGGCACGAUGUUGCAAGAGGGCGUGAGCAUUGACAACAUGCUCCUUUGCCACGAAGGGAAGGACGAGAAAGGCAACAACAUUGACCUCCGACCACAAGUCCUCGACAAUCAAAAGUGGUGCGUGGACAACUGGCGAUUCGACAAUCUGGCCUGGCACACAAUGCAGGGCGCGCCACUUGCCCCCGACUGCUCUCCUAAUUUUCACAAGGCCCCCAAGAGAGGGGAGCGAUCGUUCCAUGAGACGAUCGCAUAUCUGAAAAGCCACCCCGAAAGCUGCUACCUCUUCCGGAUCCUCGUCUCGGAGUGGCUCGAGUCGGAGUGGAACCAAGCAACUUUCCGGAUGAUUGCACGCAAGGCAGGCUGGUGUCCAGUUGCCGAACACCAACUCCAGCGGGACUUCAUUAAAUGGGUCUUCGCUGACGCCGAUGCAACACCCAUGGAGAUCUUCGGGCCCGUCGAAAAGUGCUUCCCUGAACGAUAUCCGCGGUUCUUUGCUGCGACCAUUGAAGAGGAGGGGAUUGACUAUCUGUGA